AUGGACUCCUCAUCUAUCAUUAUAUUUAUUUGUUUAAUGCUUCUUAAAUGGCAAGUUCGUGGUCAAGAAGAUUCAUUACUUAUGUCAUCAGCGACCAUUGAAACGCAAUAUUUAACAUUUGACAUGGCUCAAUAUGGGCCAAAUGGCGGUGUUUUUUCCAGUCCUAAUUUUCCAAAUUAUUAUCCGCAAGAUACAAUAUUAUUUUAUCAAUUUAUAACUUCAUCUGAUUAUCGUGUUCAAAUCGAUGUAGAUUUUUUUCAAAUUCGUGGCGUUCCACCACAUUGUACACAUGAUUAUUUAGAUGUUUUUAUUAAUGUAACUAAUUUUGAUGUUAUUCAAAAUGUACUCAAUGAUCAAUUACUUCAUCGAUAUUGUGGUCGAAAUAAACCUCCGCGACUUGUUUCAUUUACAAAUCUAUUGUUACUUGGUUUUUUUACCGAAGACACACAAACAGAACGUGGCUUCAAUGGAACAUUUCGUUUUAUAUCAGCACAACCUUAUCGAAAAAAUCUUAUCCGGGAACCAUGCGAUUAUAUAUUUAAUUCAUCAAUUGCAAAAAGUGGUGAACUUUUUACUUCAACAUAUCCAGGAGCGUAUUUGCCUUGGCAAUUUUGUAAUUAUUCAUUUAUUGGUUUACCUGGUGAACGUAUUCAUAUUCGUUUUCUUAAUUUAAUGAUCUUUAAAAAUCUUAACGCACAACAUUGUGCUAUUGAUCUAAUAAAAGUUUAUGACAAUACAUUGAAUCCACCUGAGCUUCGUCGUUUUUUAUCUAGUUUUCGUCAAGCAAAUAAUUUUGAUAAUCAAUUUUUACCUGAAGAGACAGAUCAAUAUCAUAUAACAGAUCUCUGCGGUACAUAUGCAUUACCACUAGAUGUUUAUUCAACAAGUAAUCAUUUAUUACUCUAUUUUAUUGCAACACAUUAUGCUGAGUUAACUGUCGAAGAACAAAACCAAUUGAAUGAUACGGGACAACCAUUAUUAUGGAGAUUCGGAUUUUUGGCUAAAUAUGAAUUUUUAUCAUCAAUAACUAAACUUGACUUCGUCUCAAAAAAUAAAUCAAAUCAAUAUUUAUCUGGUACAGAAUGUGAUCAAACCAUCAAAUCAUUUGGUCAAGGAUAUGGUAAACUUCUUUCACCAAAUUGGCCACAUCCAUAUAAACCUCAAACAUCAUGUACAACAUAUCUAUUAGGACUUGAUGAUCGUUAUACAUUAGAAAAUGUUGAAAUUGAAUUUGAUCAACUUGAUGUUGAUUGUCAACUAGCAACUUUAGUUAUUUAUAAUGCUAGUAGAAUAUAUGAUUAUCGUUUACGUUCACGUCCAUCAACUGUAUCAAGUAGUUCGAUGUCAAUGAUGACAAAAAAAUCGCCAUUAUAUAGUAAUUACUAUCGACAAGAUCUUGAUUUUAAAGCAAAUCUAACAUUUUGUGGCCAUUUUAAGCCUGAAGGACGUUUCGUUUCUAAAAAUGCUUUACUUAAAUUAUCACUUAUUCCAAAUGAUCGUUUAGCAGUAGAUGUAUUACCAUCAUUAAUCAAUGGUGGGAAAUUUCAAGCAAAAUAUAAAUUCGUCAAAAGCUAUCAUCAAGUACCCGCCGAUGAAUAUGAUCCAAUAAAUCCAACUAUUUGUAAUCUUUCCUAUUAUCAAGCACGCGAACUUUCAGGAAAAUUCGAACCACCACGUUCAUCAGACAAUGAUUAUUUUUCUAAUUCCAAUUGCACAUUUAAUUUUAAUCUUCUCGAUGAAGAUUCACGCUUACUUGUAUGGUAUGAUUACUUUAAUGUUGUUGAUGAUAAUUAUACUGACUGCCCAUCUGAUAAUUUAACAUAUACCUAUAAUCUUCAUUCGUCAUCAAAAUACUAUUUACAUCCAUUUAUUUAUUGUGGUUAUCGAAAUUUUCCUGCACCUUAUUUAACAUUUCGAUCAACUCAACAAUUCCAUAUUCAUUUUCGUUCAAAUGACGAUUCCGAAGCUGGUUUAGGAUUUGAUGGACGUUAUCAAUUUUUAAGUCAAUCAAAUAAUUUAUUUUCAUCACUUUGUCGAAGUCCGUUUGAUUCACUAAUUUAUAUUAAUGAAACAAUUGAACCUUCGGGUAACAUAUCAAGUAAUGGUUAUCCAGAAAACAUUAUCUGUGAAUGGACUUAUGUAACAAGACAUGGACUUCAAUUUAAUUUAGAAAUAAAUAUGCUAGAAAUGGAAGGUUCAAAAACAAAAGAUCCACCACAAGGAUGUCAAUCAUCUGUUUUAAGAAUCCACAGUGAACUACGUACUGAUGAUUUAUGUGGACAACAGGAAAAAUCUUAUUAUUUUUUAACAGAUUCACAUUGGUUUACAAUACAAUUUAUUUCAUUGAAUAGACAAACAAAAGAACCAUUACGUGGGUUUCAAUUAUUAUGGACAGUUGUCCAAGUUAAAUCAAAUGAAACUGAUAAUGAAUGCUUAUUGUCUAAUGAAUAUUUUGAUUGUAAAAAGACGUCGGAUAGUGCCAUAACAAAUUCAUUUUGUAUUCAUCGGUCACUUCUGUGCGAUGGUCAAACUCAUUGUCAACCAUUAUCAAAUGAUGAUGAACUUUCAUCAAGCUGCUUUCUUAUGAUUCCAACGCGUUCCAGAUUUUCAUUACCAAUAUUAUCAUCAUCGUCAUCAUCUUCUUUUCUGCAUCAAAAUCUUAUUAUUAUUAUUAUUAUUUUUAUUCUCUGUAUUAUAAUGUUAUUUGUUGCUAUUAUACUUGUUUUUUUACUAAUUAAAAUGAAACGACGAGAACAAGAAAUGGAGACACCAAAAGAAAUAAAGAUCGAACAGCAACGACAAAAACGUGUACGACGACGACAACAACAACAACAACAACAGCACCAGCAACAAGAUAAUUUAUCUUUGAGAAAAAAAUCGACUCAAACAUAUCUAGAUGAUGAUGAUGACAAUAGUCAAGAUUUAAUUGGUAAUCAUACGAUGGAACAAGCUGUGACUACAGUUUAA